CCCUAAGCAAAAGAUCAUGCAAGAUAGAAAUCGUUACAUUCGACUAAACACAAGUUUAACGAGAACGGUCAACUUGAUCGAAUUUGUUACAGUGAAUAAGAGAAAGAAACAAUCGUUAUAGAUAUGGUUCUACAAAUUGGUAUAGACAGUGUCUAGAUGGCAAAUCGGUGUUAACCGAAAUAUUUUUUUAAACAUCCAAUUUAUAUAAUUCAAACCGAUUUAAAUCAUUCUAAAUCAGUUUAAAUUAUUUUAAAUUGACUUAUAUUGUUUUAAGUCGAUCUAAACUAAGACUAAACAAAUUUAAUCAACGAAUAAUAUUAGUAUAAAUCUAUAAAAUUUGUCUAUUUUCCUUUUUUAUAUAUCUAUUUUGAUACAUCAAAAUUAUUUUAAUUAAAACUAAAAUUAAAAUAUUUUAUAUUAUGUAAAAUAUAUAUAAAAUAAAUCAAUAAUUUGUUAACUCCAGUUUUUAAACGGCACGAAUGAUUUGCCAAUCACUAGUAUUGUACAAACACCAAGUUAUCCAUAUAUAUUUCUUGAAUAUUGGUUAUAAAUAUUAAAAGAUCUAUAAGAUUAACUUCACAACAAUCAAGAUUAAAUAUAUCUCGAUAUAAAUCAAUAUUUUGGAAUAUAAAAUGUAGCAUUAUCCAUAAUAUAUUAAUUAUCUAUAAUAUAUUAUUUCUAUUGUUUUAUAUUAGGUUUUUAUUUAAAAUAAAUUUAUACGUAUUAUAAUAUAUUCUUUUUAAAAGUUAAUCCAAUUUCUAAACUCUCAUCAAUCUAUCAAUAACAAGCAGCAGAAGACUUAAUUUUAUAAAGAAAAAGUCUAUACUGACAUAGUUAAAAUUUAGUACAUUAUGUGUGUGAUUGUAUGAUCAUUAUAGAGUAAAUGUUUACUCCCAACUUUUUGUUAUUCCAAAUUCCAUUGAAAAAAAAUAUCAAUUAAGUGGAAUAUUAUUUUUGCUUAUUUAUUUUUGUUACUAUUCAAAAAGAGAAAAACACACACAAGUAACUAGUUUACUCUGAGUUUAAGUAAAAUAAUUUAUUAUAUUUUCUUUUUUAUUUCUUUUUUUCUUCCGGCUGUCCACCUUUUUUUACUUCAUAUUACUCCCACUAAUACCAAUCAAACCCUAUAAUGUGUAUAAAAGCCGGAAAAAGGAGAAAAAGGAAUAAAGAUAAAUUCAUAUAUUAUAGAUCAGCCAACCGUAUUUAUUGUUAUCGUUAUAUUGUAUAUAAUUAAAUAGAAUUAAAUCUCUAAAAUUAUAAAAUAUACAUAAAUAUCUCCACGCCUAUUAUUAUCACACAACGUUCUUACGUGGGGAAUGUAUAUAUUUAAGGUGUAAAAUUAAUUUCAUUCAUAUUUCCGGCAAUAUCCAUUUGAACCGUCCACCAUCUUGCAUGCCCAUUACUACAUUUUAUUAUAAUAGAAAAGUAUACCAACUUGAAAUAUUAAAAGUCCAAGACUUUCGUUAUAAAUAGCUCCUCUCAGCCUCCAACGAAAUCAAGCCAUAUCAACUAUCAGAACCAGAACCAGAACAAGCAAACAAACAUACAGUAUGGCUUCCUCAACAAAACUCCUUUCUUCACUUCUCCUAUUCGUCGUCGUUUCACUGGCCUCAGGUGAUGAGUUCACCACCAUUAACAACCAUCUCAAUCUUCCAUCGGACGGCUCAUGGAGAACCGAUGAAGAAGUGAGGUCCAUCUACUUACAGUGGUGUGCGGAGCACGGGAAAACUAGCAACAACAACGGUAUCAUCAACCAACAAGACGAAAGGUUCAAUAUUUUCAAAGACAACCUAAGGUUCAUCGAUCUACACAACGAGAACAACAAGAACGCUACUUACAAGCUUGGUCUCACCAUAUUCGCUGAUCUUACUAACGAUGAGUACCGGAGGUUAUACCUCGGGGCAAGAACCGAGUCUGUCCGCCGCAUCACUAAGGCCAAGAACGUUAACAUAAAAUACUCGGCCGCAGUAAACGACGUGGAGGUUCCGGAGACGGUUGAUUGGAGACAGAAAGGAGCCGUUAAUGCCAUUAAAAACCAAGGAACUUGCGGAAGUUGUUGGGCGUUUUCGACAGCUGCAGCAGUAGAAGGUAUAAACAAGAUCGUAACAGGAGAACUCAUAUCUCUGUCCGAACAAGAACUUGUCGACUGCGACAGAUCCUACAACCAAGGCUGCAACGGUGGUUUAAUGGACUAUGCUUUUCAAUUCAUCAUGAAAAACGGCGGUUUGAACACCGAGCAAGAUUAUCCUUACCGUGGUUCCAAUGGAAAAUGCAAUUCUUUACUGAAUUCAAGAGUUGUAACUAUUGAUGGUUACGAAGAUGUUCCUACUGAAGAUGAAACGGCGUUGAAGAGAGCAGUUUCAUACCAGCCCGUGAGUGUUGCCAUUGAAGCUGGUGGAAGAGUUUUCCAACAUUACCAAUCGGGGAUCUUCACUGGGAAGUGUGGGACAAAUCUAGAUCAUGCAGUGGUGGCUGUUGGUUAUGGUUCAGAGAACGGUAUUGACUAUUGGAUUGUAAGGAACUCGUGGGGUACACGUUGGGGAGAGGAUGGUUACAUUAGAAUGGAGAGAAACUUGGCAAGGUCCAAGUCCGGCAAGUGUGGAAUUGCGGUUGAAGCCUCGUACCCGGUUAAGUACAGUCCAAACCCGGUUCGUGGAACCAGCAGUGUUUGAAGUUUUUUUAAAAUAAAACUCAAUAAUCACUUGGGAGUUUUAUAACUAAGAUUUAAUCUCAUAUUAUUGUUUGUAUGUAUAGUAUAUCAAAAAAGAAGGUAUUUGAUCCACCAUACGGAUUUAAUCUGUAUGGAUCCUUAUGUCGAUCAAUAUCAUUUCGUUUAAAGAAAGAUUAAUUUGGUUGUUUAUGUAUUAAGAGAAGUAUAAUAAAAUGAUAUAUUUCUCUUAACCUCA